AUGUCGAAUGUACUAGAUACAAAAUGCGCUGGUUGCCCGGCAAAUAUAACCGACUAUAACUACACGGCCUGCGUAUCGACUUCAUGCGGCAAAAUAUUUCACGACUUAUGUAUAAGCGCGACUGCCCUCGCCGAAGAACAAAAAAUAAAUUGGACCUGUCCAGACUGCAGAGCGGAAUCAAAGAGAGGGGGAGAUAAUUCCCAAACCCCAGUACGCACAUACGCCUCAGAUAACGUAACUCAUCGCAAGAAAUUAAUAUCAGCACCGAAGAAGGAACCUGCCGUCACAGUUACUCUAGCGGACCUGGCCGCAGAGCUUCGUCUACUGCGCAAGGACAUGGUGGAGUUGAAAGAAAAAUUCUCGAACAUUUCUAACUACUGUGAACGCCUAGAAGAAGUUUCAGGUCGUCUCUCGGCUACAGAGUCCCGACUACAAUCACUUGAAGAAAGGCAAGAGAAAACUGUGGACGAUCUAACUAAAGAAAACGCCCAUUUAAAAGCUACCGUUGCGGACCUUACGACCAGGCUAGACAUCACUGAACAGCACAACAGGGCCAGUAACAUUGAAUUACACUGCAUUCCGGAGCACCGAAGCGAGAACUUGCUCACAGUCGUGAAACAAAUUGGCAGAACAAUAGCAUGCGAAGUUACUGACCAGGACAUACAUCUGUGUACGAGAGUUGCAAAGAAAAAUCAAGAGAGCACGCGACCUAGAUCAGUAGUUGUCAAAUUUGGCUCUCCGAGAAUCAGAGAUCAGUUUUUAGCCCAAGUGGUCAAAUUCAAUAAGGCGAAUCCCAAAGAGAAACUUCACACUGGGCACCUGGGCAUAGGUGGUGACAAGAAGCCUGUCUAUGUUGCGGAACAUCUUUCACCAAAGAAUAAAUCUAUACAAGCUGCAGCUAGACAGGUGAAAAGGGACAAGGGGUACAAAUUUUUGUGGACCCAGCAGGGACGAGUCUUCCUGCGAAAAACGGAAACAUCGGAGUACAUUUGCAUUAAAAGCUUGGAAGACCUGCAGAAGAUUGUAUAG